GCGGCCAUGUUGUGCGGCCCUGAGGGCGGCCGGGCCAGGAGCCUCGCCCGGCCAUGGCGGGCUCCGCUUCCUCCGCCUCCGCCGUCUCGUCCUCCGCUUCUUCCUCCUCCUCUUCCUCCUCUUCUCCCUCUCCCUCUUCACCGGCCCCGUCCAGUAACUGGCUUUCCGGGGUGAACGUGGUGCUGGUGAUGGCCUACGGGAGCCUGGUCUUCGUCCUGCUCUUCAUCUUCGUCAAGAGACAGAUCAUGCGCUUCGCCAUGAAGUCUCGCCGGGGCCCCCACGUGCCGGUGGGCCAACACGCCCCCAAGGGACUCAAGGAAGAGAUCGACAUCCGGCUAUCCCGGGUUCAGGACAUCCGAUAUGAGCCCCGGCUGCUGCUGUACAGCGACACUCGAAUGCUACAACUCGAGUCGCCUAGAAACCCAUUCCCUUACAACUACGUGUAUCGGAUGAAGGCUUUGGACGCUGUCCGAGACACAGAGAUCCCCUACUCCAUGGAAGGCCGCUACCCCAAGUUGCUGAUGGAGAAAAACUUCCAGACUUACCUGUUGGAUCUCUGCAACUCCAGCAGCUCUUUGAAGGGGCUCCGCAAGACUCUGAUCGAUACCCUCCUGGACGGGUACGAGAACGCCCGCUACGGGACAGGGGCAUUCGGCAAAGUGGAAUUCCUCCGCUUCCAGGAGGCCUUGAAUGAGCUGGUGACCAUCAUCAAAGCCCGGGGCGAGAGCAGCCAGCGGCAGCAUCAGUCGGCCGCCAAGGACCUGACCCACUCCUCCGACCUUUCCAGCCCCACCAUCCAGGUCACCUACCUCCCUACCAGCCAGAAGAGCAAACGAGCCAAGCACUUCCUGGAACUCAAGAGUUUCAAAGACAACUACAACACGCUGGAAAGCACCCUGUGACACCCCCCCCCACCCACCCCGACCUCCCCCUGCCCAGGAGGGGGCACCUAUUCCCUCCCCCAAAUGUGGACCAAUAGAGCUGGCCUUGCCUCUACUUCCCUUCGUGGCUGCGUUUGGAAGCCUUGCUGUGAAAACCU